GUCAAAUUAAACUGGUAGACUAACUUUUUAAAGCACUUUUAAUUUUCUUUUUAACUGCAACCAACUUUAAGCUUUUUUCUUUGAAGAAACUUUGAAGCCACUUUGAAGAGGUCAAAAGCAAAACGAUGGCAUCAAAAAGGGGAAUGAGUGAAGAGGAACGAAAGCGUUUGACUACGCUCUUUCACGCCUACGAUGUGGAUAAUUCGGGGGAGAUUGAAAAAAAUGAGUUCAUUACUAUUUGUCAGGAGCUCUGUGUCCCAGCCCAGGAAGCAGAUGGCAUAUUCAACCGCCUGGACGUGGACAAAGAUGGUACUGUGACCUUAGAGGAGUUCAUCAGAGGAUUCAGCGAGCAGCACCAGGGGGACGGGAAGGAUGACUCUGAAAAUGAGGAUAAGAACUCCUCAAAGAGUGACGAUGGCUUUCCAAACAAUGACAAUGUUAUAUCCAGGUGAGUUAGGAAAAAGACAGUAAAAAAAAUGCACCACACACAUCUUACUUUCUAAAUUCAUACAAGCUUUUUUACAUCAUUGUCUCAGUCUUUACACUGUGGGAGGAUUCAGGCAUUCAGGUGAUGGGGACCUCUUAAUAAAGAGCAGUUUCGCCUCUUUCAGUCAGCGUCAGACCUUAUAUAGUCUCCAUAAGAAUAACAUCUUUAGAUAUUUACAGAUCAGGGAUUAUGUUAGGUAAUACACACCCAUUUUGGAGAGAGUUGAGCCAGCAACUCAAAGGGAAAGGCAAUCUCUAUGUGUACUCCAUAAUUCAUCACUAUUCAGGACCUCACUGUCUUUGUAUGGCAUCAAAUCACUCUUGGAGUAGGAGUUAGAUGAAAAAGAUAAUGUUCUUUGCGACAGAGCUCUUUAGAUGAUACAUAACUGCUAACUCAAUGCGUUUUCUGAUUAGGUUGAAGAUUAUACACAGACCCCAACAAAUCUUUCAAAAAACAGCCAAAGACCCAGCUCUUCAGAGAACACUAUGCACUUAGCUAGACUAGUCCAACUGUUGUCCUUAGUAGCUGAAUGAGUCUUACAGCUACAGUUUGUUAGCACUGUCCUCUGGGAUUUUGUGACCAGCCGUAUGAGAGUGACUCAGCACUUAAUACUUUAGUCAUUAUUGUAGUGAGGACAAUUUAAUUGAUGGUGAUGAUGGAAGGUGCCACGCUGAUGAUUGGGUGCUGAAUCACUGAUGUGGAACAGAAAAUGAAAAAGUUUAUUAACUUUGCACAUUGCCUUUAAUUUAUUCAUCAGUUUUUUAUGAAAUAAAUACGACUUAAAGGGUGGGGUUUCCCAGGUCAUGGUUUUAAAAGAAAGUUCUAAAAAUCCGAUAUAAAAGGCUAAAAAUUGCCAACCAGAAACCUCACAAAGUAAGUAGUAAGUAAAAGUAUUUCUAUGACAGAGGAUUAGGACCUCAUAAAGAGAAAAAAAGUAAUUACAGGAAGGAGAUUAAAGUUGAAAUUUUGAGAUAAAAGGCAAAAUUUUGAGAUUAAAAAAUCGAAAUAUAUGUCAAUAAAGUUGAAAUUUCAAGAUUAAAGCCGACAUGAAUAAAGUCGAAAUUUUGACUUUUUAAAUUCCGACUUUAAUCUUGAAAUUUCACAUUUAAACUCAAAAUGGAAAUUUAAAAAAAUCUCCCUCCUGUAAUUAUUUUUUUUCUCCUCUUGUGGCCGAAACCCUCUGCUGUAGAUUUCCUUUCGUUUUUAAAGUUAUGUUUUUGGACAUUUUUCCGUCAGUGCACAGGACAGCUGAGGAGAGACAGAAAAUGUGAGGAGCAGUGAGUAGGGAAGAAAAACAGCAAAGGGUUGUGGUCUGGAUCCAAGGACUACACUCCGUACAAGGGGUGUGGUUAGACCAGUAGACCAUCAGCACCUCUAAUUUGAGAUUUCUGUGACCUUUGCUUAAGCAUUUGAUCAUCUGUUCAAAUAAAUCAAAAUCAAUUAUACUCAAUUUUCAUAAUCAACUAGGACAUUUUUAGCUUUAAUAUUGCUCAAUCAGCUCUUUUGUGUAAUUUCAUAAACUUUUGAAGGUUGUGUCAAAAGUUUCCCUCCAUGAACAGAAACCAUUUUACACUGGUUUAACUGGAAGUGCUUCUCAAAUGAGUGUUUUUAAUAUAGAUAAAGUGCUUUUACAAUUCAUUCAUUACUCUUCUUAAUUUUGCCAUAACUGCAGAAUAUUCUGUGUGUUGGUUACUGCCCCCCCAUGGACAAAGUGGUACCUCCUUACCUCUUACAUCUUGACUGAUGUUGUCCUGCACCUUGUGCUUUCUUAUAACGCUCACUCACUUACAGUCUUAUCCCUCACUGUGAAUAUUUGCUGUGAAAAAAAGAUAAAGAAGAAGGCUGUUUAUUACACAUUAUCAGUUGUUACAGGCAUAGAGAGUUAACACUAUAACAUGGAGACAUACUUGUCACUGAUGCUCUCAUUUGCAUUUGUGUACCUUUAAGAGGCAUCAAUAUUAAUUUCAACUUGUUUCAUAAUCAGUUAAAAACUCCUUACAAAGGUUUCAACUUAAAGCACUGACUUGUAGGAGCCCCUCUUGCCUCUUUUCCCAUCAAUCUCUUCUGUUAUGUAAAUCAGAGUUAUAAAGUCUGGUUUGGUUCAGUCUGAGGAGCAGAAAUACACUGUUGGGUUUAAUAAUCCCCACGUUUGUUGUCUAAGCGUCAUUUGUUAUUCUCAGAUGUGUUGGUAUAGCACGACAACGCCUAUUAAUGCAGUGUUACUUUUGGAUGCUGGUGGACGUACCACCCACGCUGGAAAUUUACUAACUUACUCAAGUCUGAACUCAAUCAAAUUCUGAGGAGAGCCCUCACUGAGGAGCAAAAUAGACUCAUUUCAUCAUUUCAUCAUCUUGCAGCCAAACCAAACUGAAGACAGAGAGUUAAGACGGUCUAUAGUCCACAGCUUUCCUUUAGCCACAUGUUCCCAUUCACAGUACUUGAUCAUAUAUGUCAAUGAAGCACUAUCAGAAAACAGGGUCAGUGCAGGCGGUUGAAAACAAAGUUAAUGAAUGUAGUGGUUAAAGAUCAUCAAUUUAAGAUCAUGUUAAAGUUAUUUUUCAUUUUAGUGCCAAAAGCCUUUUGCCAUUAGAGGCCUGUUGGAUUGUACUUGAGGAUAAGGAUAAGGUAGACUUUAUUGACCCUGGGGGAAACUAUUUCACCACCAGGACAAGAAGACUCAUACAGACAACAAACAGCAUGGAGACAUCAGAAAAACAUAGACUAACACCAGAUACACAACAAACACAGUAAAGGCCAAUGAAACAUGAUUUAAAAGUGGUACAAUAAAAGUCCUUACUUCUAAUGCUUCCCUUAAAUGGUGUUACUCAUUGGUCUCAUAGAAUAUUAAGCCUUAUUAAAUAGCUUGUAUAACCUUACUUUAUUGAAAUAUGGCAAAAAGAUUAAACGUUUUUCUGUUUUUCUCAGAAAACAUGGAGUACAGCACAUUGUGUCCCUCAGGCGGGUUAACUUGAUGUCUUUUGAGGAGACUAUACACUGAAACAAUCUUUGUUUAUAUCAUUUGUCCAUUUAACUGAGCUCAGUUAAAACAAGCAGCACUGAAAAAAAAACACUUUCAUUUGGCCUGAAGCCCACACCUCUGCUGUGGAAGUGAGAGGGAGGACACACACACCUCAAACACUCACACACAGAGUUGACACUGGUUUGACUUCACCUGAGCAGCUUCUCUAUCUGUUGGAUUUGGUUUUGCCAGAAAGAAACAAGGAUAUUUAUAUUAUUAAAGAUAACACAGAGAUGAAGAAGUGUCCGGGUCUAAUAUGCAGACCGUCUGAAAUGGAUUAACUCGGUUCCUUUUGGUAAAACCAUAGCAGCUGUCGACAUGUUUGGAUAGGAGCGCGCUGGCUGUCUGGAGUUGAACUUUGAGGUCCCCACUAUCGAGUGAAUAAAACCCUGUCAUUCUUGAAGGGUCCGUGGGUUCGUCCGUCAGUGGUCAUUCACUGAAACGCCUCUUUUCUUUCAGUACAACUCAUCCCACCAUCAAGCGGAUGAGCGCAGAGGAGCAGGACCGACUGCGUUCCCUCUUUCGCACGUACGACGUGGACAACUCGGGUAGUAUCGAGAGGAACGAGUUUCUCACCAUCUGCGCCGAGCUGCAGGUGCCAGCGGCCGAGGCGGACCGGAUCUUUGAUCGGCUGGACGUGGACGGGAACGGGACUGUCACCCUGCAGGAGUUCAUCAUCGGCUUCAACGACAGAUACGGAGAGGAGAUGGAGUCUGAAGGGGGAGACGUGUCUGUGGCCUGGGAAAACUUUGAGAGUAAGAUGGGAGACCAGGCCAAAUACAUCCCGAGGUGAGACACUCAGACACAGACACAUACCUGUCUGCAUGGCGGUUACAGAUAAUAUGGAAAUGUGGGCUCUCUGGAUAAUAUGGAUAACAGUGAGUGCAUGUUCAUGUUCUCCACAGGGAAGUACAACAAAUACCCACUGAGCAAUAGACAGCUAUUAGACGUCUAGUUCUUUUGUAGACCUAAUUUCAAUCUUCUAGAUUCUGUAUAUUUUUAGACAGAAUUUAGACAUUGCACUUUAACCCAUUAUUCUUUAACUAUUUAUUUCAAAAAGCAACUGCGAGUUGCAUAACUGAUGUCCAAGUACUUAACCAAAAUAAUUAUGAUAUCCAUUGAGCAAUAUACAGUGUAGUAUAGAUAUAGCCCAGAUUUAGACUUGGUCUAAAUUUAGACGUCUAAAAAAACCUUUCAUUUUUAGACCUGUGGUAGCCUGAUUUUAGACCAGUUGUCUAGGCUUUAUUUAAACGUCUAUUAGACCUCUUUUAGACCAAAAAUGAUCAGCGGGAUAUUAAAUAAAACCUUCACAGGAAAGUUAAAUACUCUUCAAAUUCAUGUGUCACAACUGCACCUGUUUGAUUUGAUGAAAGAAAAACAAUGUCAGUCUCAGACCUCAGUGGUAAGAGCUGCGGACAAGUGUGGUUGAGCAUUUGAUAGACAUAUUGGGUCUGUCUUUUCCUUACACAGUAGUCUGUACAACAGUAACGCCUCAGAGCUGACAGCAGACAAGUAAAGGAGUGGACACUAAGAAAGGAAACGAUUACAAUACAAUAGACAAAAAAAGUCAGGAGAAAUAAUGAGGCAAAAUUGGGCAAUGUAUGAAAAUUCAUAGAUGAAUAUUUUCACAAACUAUAAAGGGAGAGAAGAUGAAACAGGUUAGUGGUGACCCUUAACUACACAGAGAUAAGGGGUUUGUCUUUUCCACAGCCAGCAUUCAAUCUGUUAGAUAAUGAAAUUCAGUUUUUCAGGAUAAACCUCCUUGAGGGGCAUCAGCUUGUUUUUACGGGGGUCUCAGACAGACACAAAAAUAAGUAACAGAACACACAGUACAGGACAAAAUAUACAACAACACAGCAAAGGCCAGACAGCUUCAGACCAACAACAACAAACACUGACAAGCUUCACCACAAUCAUUAAGUAAUUCUUGAUAUUUAACUAAAAUCCCCUUGAAAACUUCUGACCUCUAAAUAAAAUCAUAGCUACCAUCCUUUCAUUAACCUAUCAUUGUAGUUUUUAAAAUCGUGCAUGUUGUAGAUAUGAAUCUGAUUUCCUGAAUAGUUUAAGGUAUGAAAUGUUAUAUUGUUGCAUCAAGUUGUCUGAAGUCUGAGACCUUUGUUCGUUUCACUGAGUUUCAUUCAUCCUGACAUUACCAUGGUUCUUCCAUAGUGGUGGUUGCAGAAUGAUGAACAAAACAUCUCUCUUGCUACAAAGUAUACCUGUGUUUUGAUUGAGGGACCUAGAAUAGAGAGUACCCACUACUGGUAAAACCACAUUACUGUUUAAGUGAAUGGAUAUUGUCGACCAAGACCUCAAAGACCCCCGUACAAAAACUGCAUGACAAAUCUUUGCUCAGAAUCAUUAGUCACGGUAUUUUUUCAUUGACACUAAGUGAAAAAAAUAAAUAAAACAUUUCCAGACUUGAUACAUCGAGUAAAUUCCCUUUGUAGACCAAAUCAAGCAGUAGCCUUUACUCAUUUAAUACUUUUAAUACUUUAAAAACAGUCUGCAUGCAGUUUUACAACCAAGACAUAGUUUAUAUUUGUCCUUAGAAAAACUACUGGUGAUUUACAUUCAAUUAGAACUGUAAAAGAUGGAAAUAAAAGCUUUAACAAACUCACAUAUUACCUAAACAUUAUAAUUGCUCAUUAAGUUUACUUAUAUAGUUAUUUAUCUAUUCUAUAAUACAUUAAUGUAUUAUUGAAGUGUGAGACUAAAGUGUUGAUGCACCAGAAAUGUGCUCAGGAGACUAAAAGCGCUGUUAUCACUUUCAGUCUGAUUCCAAAGGUGUUUUUGAAGGAGGAAGAUACGUAUUUGGUGCCAUGUAAAAUGAAACCUCUUUAUUUGCAAUUUAAAAACCACAUUUCUGAAAACAGCAGAAAAUAUAAUUUUCUAGAAUAGUGUAUGUUUGUUUCCAUUAAAUGUAAAGAUUCUUUUAAUAUAAGUCUACUUCAAAUUUUAUCGUGUAACUUUCAGUUUCUCCCUCCUAAAUGAAACACCUGUCUGCCUCUUCUUUUAUGAUUCGUUAAGAAUAUGUGAGUUUCUUUAUUCCUGUCUUCCCUUUAUUAUAUUCAUUGCAUCAUCUAGUUUUGUUUCUCACAUCAAAAGUCAGGUAAAAGUUGGGCGAUACAAUUAACACCUUUCCACUGGACCCAGUUCUGACCCGGUCAAACCUGUAUAAAUGAGUGUGAAUGUAACAUUAGGCUGGUGUAUCAACAUGUAUGACAGUGUGUUUUUGUGGGCCUCAGGCCGGGCAUGGGACUAAUCCUCGUGCUGUUGUGCUGUGGCAUCGUCACAUUGAUUUCCACAGUGGUGCCAUCCACUGAAUAGUGUUUCUUGUCUUUAUGCAAUAACAGUCAGCUGAGAGAGGACUGUUCUGUAAAUGUUGCACUGAGCUCACAUCAGACAAGUGUGCAUUUUAAAGAGGGAUGAAAGAAUAGUUUGUUAAAAUAUAACAUGGAGGCACCCCGAGCAGAAAAUCAAUUAAAUCCAUAAUUCUUUACCGACUGAGAAUGAUGUAACAUGACGUGUAUUUUGUUCUUUUAAAAAACGGCAUUUCUCAGCUGAUUGGGCAACUGAUGACUUGGGAGCACAACGUUACUUUUCAGAAAUUCUCAAUGCUUAAAGUUUUGGUUUUAUGCAUAAACAUUUCAUGGCUAUGCUUUCUUAGAAAUCCUUGAGAUGUGUCUCAACCAUCAAAAAGCUUCUUUCUUGUGCAAGUCCAGUUAAUUUUGACUGAUGCUUGUAAUUAAUUUGUCCUGAAGCCUGAGGAAGUAUCACAGAUGCCUCAGUCAUGUUGGUACUUGCCCCAUUGUUUCCUGCACUUUCACUUCAGAGUUCACCACUAAACUAAACCACUUAAAAGUAUUUCAAAGAUUUUCUAUAAACUUCAAAUAUAAAGAAAUAACAGAGGUGUCAUCUGGAUGUGAUAGGGCUAUUGAAAGUCGAUAAAUACCUGCUAAAAUGACAUUUUAUUUGUCUGUAUAUUCUGGAUUUAUGGCAAAUAAAGACUUCAUAGGUCAUUGUUGACCAUUUAGGGAAACUACAGCAGAAAAACAGUCAAAUAACCAAACUGCACUCACAAAAAGAAAAGAAAAAUAGGGUAGAGAUGACCCAACAACAGCGUUUGUGUAAAUCUUUCUGUGUCCUCGUUUGGUAAAUUCCAUUUUGCGGCUCUGAAGUUGGAAAACUUUUAGUUGUUUGUGUGUUUCUUUUAUAAACUGGUUGUCUGUGACACUCUGACUCUCCAGUGAGCCAUCAUGAGUUAUUGACAGAAAGGCAACUGUGUCUAUAUGCAUUAGCAAUACACCUCGUCCACCCUGUUGGAAGACAAACACACACUCACUGUAGACAAUUGACCCACUUUUACCUCCCUGGUGUGACACUUGAAAAGCUCCAUCACUGUGUCAUUAUAAUUCCUCUGAAUGACGCACACUUGACCUGAGAUUGGACUGAGUGAUUAGGGUUUAGCUGUUGGAGUUCACACUUCAGGUUGCUUGUCCUAUUGGUCCAGUUUCUGCUGUGUGGUUUUUCUUGUUGAGGAUGGGACUGUGGUGCACACCACAGGGCGGUUCUGCCGAGCUAUAGGCCGAUAAAGAUGAAUUGAGUGUGCAUCUGAGACGGUUCAAGUCAUUUUCUUGGUCUGCUUUAAAAUCUGAAUUAGACAUGAAGCUUUUGUGUGUCUGACCUUUUUGGAUAAUGGUGGCAUAUCUGUGAAGUUACUCGAUGAAAUGAUGCUUUCAUCCGCUGGCUAUUACAAUAUGAGAUUGUCGCAGUUGUUUUCUGUUAAUCACCCAACCAAACUUUUCUUUUUUUAUUAUUGUCAUCAUUAAUCCAAAAACCCCGCUGACAAAAGUUGAAAUGUAGAAUAGCAACUCUUAGGUUAUUUCAUUUUCAAAAGGUUUAAAAGGGUAAUUUACAACAUUUAAGGGAAUGCUGUUAUGUAUGCUGAGCUACACAAACCAGUCCCUGUAGAUGGCCUGAUAAAGUGGGUUCUAUUAACCUUGGAGGUCAGAUCAUGUCAGAGCUUUGAAUGUGGAGGCCACAUUUAUGUUGGCUGUGUUUCAGAAAGGAGACAGGGAGUUGCAUCACCAUUAGCUCCUGUUUGCUAAUGUCGGGCAAUAAAAACACACUACAUGAUAGUUUGCACAUGGGCACCAAUAUACUGUGUCCGCAGAUAUAACAAAACUACUGUUGGGACUGGUUUCAAUACACAAACAAAACUAAGUUGCUUAUAAACUCUAAUUUUACUGUCGAUGUAAGAGCAACCAUCUUGGGUUUAAAGCUUGAGAUUGCUGAAGUUGCUACAACUUGGAUUUUACAACUUCUGAGAUCCAAUGGACUAAUAAUAAAAAGACAGGAAAGUGGUGUCAAUACUCUUUUGCAAACACAAACAAAAACUGUUUUCUUAAAACUUCCUGUUUUUUUUAAACCUCAAAACACUUUCUCCACCCUUUAGUUUUUAUUGUAGCUGUUCUUGAAAUUGUCAUAACUGUACUUUUUUACUCUUUUCAAUAAGUAAAACAAUAACAUACACUAGAAAAUUCAGAAUAUAAUCCAUAACCUGUAUAUCAUACAUAGACAACAUAGCUGAUUUACUCUUAAGUUCUGCAUGAAAGAAAAACAAACCAAGAUUCUUGAAUUCCUCAAACUGAUGUGAGAUCCUCAUUGUCUUGCAGGCAUGAACAAGCAGCCACGUUGUACCAGAACAUCAGUCUGACUGAGCCCAGAUUGAUCCCUCAGCUGGAGAAAGUCAUCAUGAACUUCACCAAAGAAAUCAAACAGCAAACCUCAGAGAUGGAGAACCUGGCCCUCGCCAUCAAACGGUAAGAAACACACACACACUGUACAUAGACACUGACUCACAUUUUAAACUUGGCUUACCAAGUAUCAGAAGAACCCUGAUUGUAAAAGACCAUAUAAAAAAAAAAUACAGUGAAAGGACAUCAACAAACUGGCAGGUGCAGAAACAGACAAACACUUUAGACCUGUGCCACAUCCAACCAUCAGAUCCAGUGCAGAAAAAAUCAAGUGUAAAGACCAAACAAGGAGAAAGAACCUGGGAGUAAGACAGACAUGCACGCAGGUGUGAGAGCGAGGAGAAAGAGAUCAUAGGCUGGAAUUGAACUCUGGCCAUCAAGGUUGUAACCCCGAUAAUCAGAUUAUUCUAUCAACCAAUUUGAAGGUGGAAAAGAUGAGGUUAAGUUCUGAUUAAAAAGGGUCAGAACGUGUUAGGCUGUCUGAUCUCUUCAAGGAGGUCACCUCAGAUACAACAGGGGAGAGUACUGCAGGAAAUAAAAGGUUAAAGAGGUCAGACAGACACUAGAGGGUUUUCCAAGCUGAGAUAAUAUAAAACACAACAUUUGAUGACAGACAGUCAGAAACUUUAAGUGUUAACAUGGUGCAAGUGAGAAUAGUAAUUCAAAAGCUAAGAAAAACUACGUUUUAAAAAGAGCCAAAAAGACUGAAGUUCAAGCGUCUCAAACUCACUGAUAACUGACAUGGCAGUUGAUAUAGUGAUUUUUUCACGUCUUUUUAAAAAUGUUGAUAAUUCAAAAGUUUUGCAUGACUUUUUGCUUUUUGCAGAGAUACUCAAACUGCUGAUCCAACUUUCAUACUUUGAACCAAUUCUGUCUAAUAUUUCCUGAGUCUAUUCUGUAACUCAAACUACAUAACAACAAAUCUAAAUCACCAUGAGUCUCACUUUUGUAUGAUAUAUUCAACAAAAAUGUGUAUUAAUAUUAGUCCGACACUGGUUAAUAUUAAUACUAACGUUUCAUAGAGUGUUUUGAGGUAACAUUUAUAAUGAAUACAGGCUAUAGAAAUAGGUUAACUGAUUAAUGAUCCAUUUAAGUAUAUCUAUGAUUGGUCCAUUUGGGAUCAGUCAGUCAGUUGCUUGUCUUUAUACUCAAAAAGGUGGGAUGAUUGAAUUGUCUUUUGUUCCUGACAAAGCAGCUGAAUAGCUGAUGGAGAUUCAGCACAGCUACCAGUAGAUGACAUAUACAGUAAAUUGGGAUCAAACCUCUUAUCUUGGAGCAGACAUAACCCAAUUACGCCAGGCUGUAAUCGGAUCUGUUUUGAUCUGAGGUCUCUUGAAUUUACCCUGUUAUUUGGCAGGGCGCAGGACCAAGCAUCAAUGCAGCUCAGUGAGAUGGAGGAGGAGAUGGAUCAACGCAUUCACGCUGCUGAGAGAAGAACUCGAGAGCAGGUGGGACAAACUCAAAACCAUCUUCAACAAAUGUGCAUCACUUUCAGAUCUUGUUUUAACAUCUGACGCUCAAGAUUGUCUCUCUAGAGUUUGUAAAGACAAAGCGAUAAGCAAGGCGUGUGUUCAGCUCUUCCCUCAUGUCAAACAAACAGCAGAGCAUCAGAUUACCGGUCCACACUCUCUGACACACCUGCUGAUCAGCUGGAUUUCAUGAUCUGGGAAUCACAGAUAUGAAACAUUAGACAGAUAAGGCGUUUGAGCAAAUUUAGCCUCCAGUGUUUAAAAUGAUAAGGCUGUAUUGAGCUGUGGUGAUAAGGAUUUAUGAUGUGUGAAUAAAAAUGAUAAGAAUAAAACCAAGAGAAAACAGACAUACAAUCAACCUGUAGCCUGAAUUAUUGUUUAACCUGUAAUCAGGUUUAUAAAUACAGAAUGAAAGUGAUAUAUAUGAAACCUUUUUUAUCUCCCAUAUUUGAAGUGAUUGUACCUAAAAAAUGAGGUUAAUUUAGGGGAUGCAGCAGGUGUUGCUUUCAGGGAAAUACAGUACAUGCUAUUUUGUACUUUUCAACACUGUGGCUGAUGUUCCAACCGUGUUUGGAACAGUUUUGAUGAUGAAAAUAUUGAGUUUUUUUCUAAUUUGGUUUAUCAAAGUAGGUAGUUUACCUCGUGUGUGCUGCCUUUCAAUCCCUUGAGGGAAAAUAAGCUACCUUCAUGUCCUGAGGAGUCUUUAAAACCUGGGCAGGAACAUGAACUCCGUUAUCACUGCGUGUGUGUGUGUGUGUGUGCAUAAAAACUUAUGUAAGUGUACGCACCUCAUUGACUCAGGAGAACCUGUGUUUGUUUUGUCAUCGAAGGGCACACAAACGUCAAACACUCUCACCUGUAUUCUCCCACACUGUAAUGUACAUGCACACUGAGAAGCUCUUUAUUUUUGGAAACUGUAGAUAGACAGUUUUCGAUACCCAGAAAAAAGUGCCAAAAAAAGGACCCAGCUGUAGAUUUUUGUUGAGAAAUAUCACAAAUCUCAAUGAGGUUAAUGUUUUUCUGUUUUUGUAGGAAAAGAAGAAAACCGAGGCGGCGCUGAGUGAGGUGCAGAGAAAUUUUGAAAAUGAAGUGUGUGAGCUGCAGUGCAAGAUCCAGAGGAUGCAGAUGGUAUGUUUUUCAGCUCUUACACAGCACUCCAUUGUUGAGAUAAUCAGGCUUAUUAAAGUGGAAAAGCAACAUAUUGUGUAACUUAGAAAUACAGAAAUAGAAAUACAAAAGUCAAUUCUUCAACAAACAUGAGAAAGAGUUUAUACUUGACCUUUUAGAUACAAACAGCCCACACCUUUCAAAGUUGUUUGUAUGACACAGGAACACUGUGUUCAUUAGACUGCAUUGACAAGAAACCAAACCAGGACUGAUUUAAAAGCUGAACUCUCUCCUCCUGAGUCCACAGAUUGAAACUUCACAGUUCUCAUGAUUUGUUUGACUGUAUGUGUACUGUACAGUUUAAAUCCUGCAAUCUCAUGUAUGUCCUUCUUGGAGUCAAAUAACCUUAAUCCUAUGUUUGAAUUUGUUCUUCAGAUAGAAGAGAAGUACAAAAGAAUCACAGUGACAGAUGAGAGCCCAGCUUUAAGGAAGAAAAUCAAUGAACUAACACUGGUGAGUCGUAUUGGGGUGCCUAAUGUUGUUGUUUUUUAUUUCAUUCAGAGGUAGCUUGUUCAUAACAAAUUGAAAUUCUCUUUUUUGUAGGAGAACCAGAAGUUAAAACAGGAGCUGAUGAAAUCUCAGACUAAAGUGGCCUGUCUGCGAAGUGAGAUGGACUCCCUACAGACAGAGCUGACUGAUCAAAGCAUCACCUCUGAGCGGUACAAUCCACGUGUCUUUAUUUGCAUCCUUCAUUUUUUAUACUGUUUAUCACUUCUGGGUCACCAGGUUAAAUCUGUGUGCACUCCUUUAAGGCUAAACCUCAACAAACAGGACCAGCCCUAAAAAUAAAGUCUGUAUCACUGAGGGAAUAAUUAAGUUGCAUCAUUAGCUGGUCGUGUAAAAAGGUUUCCCCAUUUGCCUGUGUGCUUUCAAAUUAAACAGGGAAGUAAGGUCCUUCUUCUUUUGAAUAGUCAGAUUUUUCCCUAGGUUUCUCUGCUGUCUUUAUGUCAGAGGAUUAAUUUUAUUCUUCAAAAUGAAAAGCAAAGGACAUUCUUACAAAGCCCUAUUCUUCAUCUUUUUCUCUCCACUGCACAAACUCACCCACUCUCUCUUCCAGAGAAAACUGUAAUUUUAAACCUGUAAUUAUGAGUUGUAGAGCUGGUUGCUUGUUUCUUCCUCUCCAUUCAGAAAACAAGUUUCACACUGGGAUGACGAUGUUGAAAAAGCUCCAGCUUCCCCGAUUAAAUAGAUUUCAUUCAGACCCUUUUUUAUUUUACAAAAGUCUCACUAGAAGCUGAGAUGAAAUGAUCCCACUGUUAUGAGGUUCACAGACUCACUGAUAGACAGAGGCUCCACCCCCUCACUCCCGAGGGAUGUUUUCGUUUUGUCACAGCUGAUACAGGAUAUCCUGGAGUUGCCUCACACACACAAUAACUUCUUCAGGAGUGUCGCCUGGCAACAGAAGCAGCAGGGCCACCAGCAAGAUAGCAGCCUGCCUCUUUGGACAAUCUCAGUGUUUACAUUGUUGCCUCUCUCUCUGAGGUGUCUCAUGUUAGUCAGAAAACACGUGUUAUUGCUGACUGAAUCAGCUGAUUAGCUGUGGAAAAUUCCCUUUUCAGUGACAUUUAGUGAGACACAGGACGCUUUAUUCCUAUCGAAAGAUAAUUAUCUUAAUGAGGUUUUCUGAAUGUCAUCAUUUUUUUUCCUGAAGUUGUAAAUUUUAUUAAUAAUAAUCAAACCAAUUCAUGCGUUGACCAACCAAGAUGAGUUUUUUAAUUUACUUUUGCUUGCUUGUUAUUGUUUCUGCAGAGACGAAGAGUUAAUGAAACACUUCUCUGAUGAGCGAGAUGUCCUAGAGAGUCAGAUCGAGAUCCUGCAGUAAGUCACGUCAAACUGUUCUUUAGUUUUUUACAGGAGGGUAUUGGUUUGAAGAAUUAAGUAUAGUUUAAUGAUAAAAUCUAAAAUAUCUGAAUAUAAUACCUAUCAUUUUGUGUUUGUGUGUUUAGGACAGCUAACAGGAAACUUCAUGACACCAAUGAUGGCCUGAGAGCUGCUCUGGAGAGGAUUACGAGGGUAUCACUGCACUGUUCAUGGAAUAAAAAGUCAAAACUCAAAUCAAUGUCAUUCUGUCUGCUGGGUUGAUAGACUCUCUAUAAAUAUAAACUCUCUUAAUGCUUCUUCUAAUGGAUAUUUAGUUUUUCCUGAAACUCUUGUGUUUGUUAUUCCUAAUCUAUUUUGUAAGUUACAUGACCCUGAAGUAAUGCCUUUGACAAAUCAGGUGUCCUGCAGCCGUCUCUGCUGCUCUCAGAUUUGAGAGUUCAUUUUCCAGUAGAUUGACAGCUAUGUGUAUCCUGAUAAUACUUUUUAGUAAAACUAUUGGUUUGUUAUACCGACAGCAAACUAAUUCUGAGGUGUUAUGUGUUACAGUCCGGUACUGGGGCCUCACCAGCAGACAUAAAGAACAGAAACAGAAGUAAAAGUAUCUGCUACACAUCGUCGAAUGCAUUAAUGGAAAGGUAAGACCCAGACGCAAUUCAGACAUCUGUGUUAUUGUACAGCUAACAGGACAUCAUUUUAUAAUUCUCACUCAAACUCACUUUUUUUGUACAUUAACACCAAGUGAAGAUUCAAGAUGAUUAAUGCUUUGGGAGUUAAGCUGUUUAACUUUAGACCAGUUUUGUCAGGUUUCAUCCAUUUGCAUCAGUGCAGGAGGUGUUUUUGCUUAAAUACACAGCAUCUGACAAUGAACUCUGACGCAUGAGCCGAGAACUUAAGUGUUUUUUCCUAGAACGGAACUGCGUCUUUUUAAAAGCAGAAAAAUAAAUGUUGAACUGCUUUGGGAUAUUUAUUCAAGGUGUUUUUAAAGAUAAGAAGUGAAACAAGGGAUUUUGUUUUGCCUUAGAGUAAUAAAGAAAGAUAAAAUGCAAUAGGCCACUUAUCAAACUGUGUAUUCUGACGCUUCAAUUAGAAAUGUUAAGUUUGUAUACAUCAGGUAAUUGGUGGAAGAAGGAAAUCUUUCUACAAUAGAGCUACAAGUUUUACUUCAGCAUGUAAAUGUAUUAAACUAUGGUACAUUUUUUGCACACUAGACACAUUAGAUUUACAAAACUUCAUAGAAAAAACAUUUUUUGUUUCCAUCAAAGCAUCAAGUAAGCAUCUAAUAUCUGUAAACAUGUUCUUCAGUUAAAUAUUACAUUAUUUAAGGAGACUUCAAACACUUGUUGUUUAAUGUGGACUGUUUCUACAGUCUACUCGGGCUUAAAUGAUUAUGUUGUGACAAUUGUAAUAGUAGUUGAAGUAAUAGUAAAGGUAUGUACGAGUGUUAGUGUAAACUGUAAUCAGAGGAGGUGGGGUGGAUACUCAGCAGAGUUCUCAGGCUAGGAUGUUGUGUUUGAGUUGUUUGCAUCUUUUACGGCUACCUUAAAGUCCCACUCCGAUCAUAUUUUUUUUGUACUUAAAGUGUUCUCAGCUGUCUUUAAAAUGUGAUUACAAGGUUUUUAGCCAAAAUCACAUUAGCUGUGUCAUCUUCAAGGGCUUGUCUUCUGCAGAGCUCCAGUAGCUCAUUAGAAAUUCACUUCUGAGUCGUGGGCGGAGACAGCACUCCUCUGCACACUCCUCUUCCUGCUAGCUUGCAUCCUAACAUUGCCGGUGCAGCAGAAGUGGCAGUGGUAGUAUAGGAGCUAUUUGGCUCCCGGUCAUUAACAUCUUUGGGGGCGUAAUGAAAGCUAAUAACAUAAUUAGAUUUCUUAUGAACAUUGCAGUCUGCUAACUUACACAUUUGUUCUGCGAUUGUUCUUUCUGCUUCUUGGAAUCUGGCCUGCAGAGUGAGGCACAGGGGGCGGAGCUUGGAUUUGUGACAUAGAAAUUCCUACAAUGUCUGAACCUGCUGUUUGGGUCUGUGAGAGGUUCACAGCGAUUUUAAUGCAGAAAUACUCAGAAAUGCAAAAAUUUCUUCUCGUGAAAACUACUGGAAGUAGAAAAGUGUAUGGCCUUAUUAAAACUAAUAAUGGCUCUUGAGCUGCAUCUCCAAACUGUUUACCUCCAUUGUACAACACUGGAACUGUUGACAGCAUUUAGAGAGGCUAAGCUGGCAUUACCCCCCAAGUAAAUAGACUAUUGUUUUGUUUUUUUGAGAAAAAAUGGCUGACCUAGAGAUUGAGAUCAUAUCACUGUUGGGAAAGUUAUCAUUGAGGUGAUAAAUCAGGUGAGAGGCAGAGCAGUCUUCUAUUUUUUGUUCGUUGAACAGAAAGUCAUCAUGGUAGUGUGUUAUUCUUUUACGACUCUUUUGUUUUUGUAUUUUAUUACCUGAUCUCCCUUUCAGGUUCUGUCAACGUACGGAUGAGUUCCCUCUGUUCAGCCGUCGGCCCAGCGGUGACUCUCUGGCACUGGCCAUGUGCGACCCUGGCCUGAGGCGCAGACACAGCAGCGAGUGCGAGGAGGACAGUCUGCCUGAGGUUUACAUGGACAGCGGCCUGUCAACACUCAGAAGCUCACAUGAAGGCUAUGACUCUGAACCAGAGGUCAAAGGAGGUCCAGAAGAAGAGGAGGUGGAGGUAGAGGUAGAGGUAGCGGUAGAAGAGGUAAAAAAGAGGGAUGAGAGGAAAACGGAGGAAGAAAACAACAAAAGCACGUCGAAUGGACCCUGUGAGGCUGAGGUGAGACAAUGACACAUAUUUCAUAACAUUCACAGAUUUAAAGGAGGUAAAUCAAUCAUAAGAUAUGUGAAACAGGCUUCUUAGCUUGGUGAGGGGAUGAAUUAGCAUGACAACGAUGCUUCAGGCUCUGUUCAUGCGAAAGAAAAAAGGACAGGAAUAAAACACUGAGCCAGGAGGAACAUUUCAGACGUUUUUUGCACUGCACCUAAAGCAGAUGCUGAGGUAUCACAUGAGUAAUGUGACUUUUGGUUAUUCCAUGCCUUGUGUCUAGCUUUAAACUAGCUCCUCUUGUUACAAUGACUUCAAGUUAUAAUGUUUUGAAAAAUAAAUGAAGGGAUAGGGUGAUUUUUUUGUCUAUGUAGAUUUUUCUGCUAAUGCUUCAGAGUUUACUUCUGUGUCAACUUCACAGCCGGCUGAAACACAGGAUGCUGAAUCAGCGAUCGGGUCGGACAGCAGCUCUAUUCUGGACUGGAAGCCAGCUGAAGCCAUCAGUGAGGCAGAGCCCUCGGCCCGGACUAAACGGAAAGCCCUCCGUGCGAUCAGUGUUCAGGUAAGACAAGGAUAUCAUUGAUUCAGGAGGGGAUGGGAAAGAUAAUUUCAGGAAUUGAACAAGGAACUUAAAAAUACAUGUAAAUGCAUGCAUCAAUUUUUCAGUAACUGUGAGGACCAACAUUUACUGUUUGACACUAUUAAGCUGAACAAUCUCAUCUAUACAGAUUUUACUCAUUUAAGUACUUUUUAAUUGUGUGUUUUGCUUUAACUGUGGAUUGUCUGAGUAUGUUUAAACUAUUUUUUUAAGUAUUCAGUAACUUUUUUGCCAAAUGCAAGUAAAAUCUGUUCGUCACUCUGCCUUAUCUUCUCCAGCUUUCUGUAUCUCCUCUAAAGAAGGAAGAAAGAGAGAGCACUAAUCUGGAUUACAUGACCUCAGAGAAAGCUUAUAGGAUCGUAUUGGCUGGAGAUGCUGCGGUGGGAAAAUCAAGCUUCCUGCUCCGCCUCUGCAAGAAUGAAUUUAAAUUAAACACCAGCUCUACACUGGGUAAGUAGGACCAAGUUAAAGCCGCAAAAACAAACAAAUAAAAAAGUCUGAGAAGAGGAGUAACAUUAAGUUAAACAGCAAAUAAAUGAUGAAUUAUGAAUUCGUAGUUUGAGAAAUUGUUAUCCUUUGUGUGUUCAGGGGUAGAUUUCCAAAUGAAGACAGUCAUUGUGGAUGGCGAGCCUGUUGUACUACAACUAUGGGACACUGCUGGACAGGAAAGGUCAGAAUAUGUGCAUGCAGAGAUCAAUUCUCUAAUUUCUUAAAGCAGUGAUCUUACUGCUUGGUGUGAUUGGUGUAUAAUUUACAAGUGUUAAUCGAGUGCCGUGUAAGCAAAGCUAACAGAUGUCAGUAUGUUGUUUCUGAGAGGUAAAGUCAAUUGACUUUGAGCACAUGAUGGCACAUAGCAGAUAAAUGGGUCACAAGUUUGUGUGUGCCUCCUGAACCUGUUUCUCCUCUCAGGUUCCGUAGCAUUGCAAAGUCUUAUUUCCGACGGGCAGAUGGCGUGCUGCUGCUGUACGACAUCACCUGUGAGAAGAGCUUCCUCAAUGUUCGAGAGUGGGUGGACAUGGUCGAGGUAAAGCACCACUCUCCAAAACAGCAUUUAAAUAAGUUAUAUUUUCAGCAGAAAACUGUGAAAGUGAAAAUCAUUGAUGUUUCUGUAAUGUUAAAUGUUGCUUGUUCCUCUCUUUUCACAUGCUGCAGACAUGUAAGUGCUGCUCUGAUUGUGCUCUGCUGUUUAAACAGGUUUCCAUGUAGACGUUUAUUUAUGCAUGCAGUUUGGGAUGUGUACAUUUUCUCAUGUGUUGUCUUACACAUUAUGCACACCACUAGCGGAAGGUACCUUUAUCCAAUCACUGCUAUAAUAGUAAACAAUAAAUAAGUAUUCAAUUAAAUUACUUUCUCAGGUUUUUUCUUAGGAUUCAUACCUAAAAUAUAUAUAAUAUUGAUUUUUUCUAAACUGAAUUUGUUUAAGUCUAGAGAAAACUUUUUACCUUGCUGUAUCUCAAGUCAAGACUCUUUUUUCAUGUUAAACUGCAUUUUUUAAAUUGCUCUUCCUACUGUAAGUAAAAUAUGUAUGACCUUUCACCACCCACAAUGUAUACUUUGUGGUGAUUGGUAUCUAAUUAACAGUUCCAUUUUUUUAAUACAAAAUAUUUGUAUUUUAAUUUUUGACUUCAAAUUUUUUUAUCAACUACUUCCUGUCUUUUAAUUUUUUUUUUAUCUCCAUCGGCAGGAUUUGUCCUAUGAGGAUAUUCCCAUCAUGCUUGUGGGUAAUAAAAGUGAUCUUAGACAAGACGGUGUCAACUGCGUUCCUACGAGCUAUGGAGAAAAACUGGCGAUGGUAAUAAUGAAAAUAAACACGACUAAUGUCUUACUUCACUCUGAAUAUUUGCUGUAUAUUCACACAAAAGCUAGAGCUAAUGAUUUCCUCUCCUGACUCAACAGACCUACAACACUCUGUUCUGUGAAACAAGUGCCAAAGAUGGUUCCAACACUGUUGAGGCUGUGCUGCACCUGGCCAGGUAAGAUAUAGCUUUUCUCAGUCAUUUGAAAAAUCCAAAAUAAAACUAGAGAGGGGGAUUUUAAUCAACAUCAUUUUCUGUCAUUUUCUAAGUGAAAAUGUCCAUAUGAAUGAGACAAAAGUAGCACACGCUCUUCAGGAGACACUUAAUAACUAUAAAAGUUACCUUAGAGUUUAAGAAAGUUUCCAGCUACGACUGUAACCACCUGCCAAGAGUGGGGUCUAUUACCAAAGUAUAAAUAACUUUUGCUGCCCUCUAGUGGGGGACAGUAAGAACCAGUUCAAAGGGAGAAAAAAGGGAAACCUGUCAAGAGAAGAAAAAUGACACAAAGUUCAGAGGUGCCCCUGCAGACGCGGAAAAGAAUUUGAUGUUUAUAUUUUCCUGCCAAAACAUUAAAAUAUCUUAUCCUAAUUUUUCUUGCUCGCAAUCAUCUUGUCACUUUCUUUACCGGCAUGCUGCAGCAUUUCCAAGCAUGUCAGCAAAGGUCAGGAAACACAGAGGGAAGCCUAAAUUCUAUAGAGCGGGUUAAUACAUACUCACCAUUAUCAACACGGUUACACUGCUGAUGGUAAACUUCGAACAAUUUAACACCUGCAACAAUAGGGACAUUCAUUCCUUCUUCUGAGUGAGACCUGUUGACUUUAAGUGCUUUAAAUUUUAGGAUCAGUGUUUUAUUAUUAAUUCGCAGAUCCUCAAAAAGUACUCAUGCAUUUACUUAUGUUAUAUUUAAUAGUAUAUCCCUUUUCCAAUUCCAACACAGUUGGGAUAGUUGACUGUUUUACAUGAGUUGCGUUCUGCUGAGGUUUCCAUCGUUUAAAAGGAAGCCUUUCUUUACCAAAGUGCUCUGCUCAGGGUGGAUUAAGAUAAGACUGGGUCUUAUACUGUAAGAUGGGACUGAAUCUUCCUAGUCUAUCCCGAUAUUUGAGUCCCUGUAAGUAAACAAAGAAUACAGUCUAGACCUGCUCCUAAUCCAAAAAGAUAGGUAGGCAUUCUGUCAGUCGAACAGAGGCAUUUUUUCUUUAGUGCUAUGUCCCUGUAAACUUGAACAAAAUGAUUGAUUUCUUUGCUGACUUUUAUGUUUCUUGCUUUUUUCCACCCUGCAGGCAGGUCAUCAAACAGGCUACUUUUGAUGAUAAGAGUUUCAAACAGAAGCUGCCCAGCUUAAACGCUCCAAGGAAAAAGCCAAACUUCUCCUGCUGCAACUGAUCAAACUCAUCUACACCUCUUCCACAUCUUUCUUAGUGUGAACUUAGCACAACUACGAUAAGGACUUCACAUGCAGAAACCUGAUCGAACUGAAAGUAGACACUUACAUUUCUGCAGGAUUACAGCAAGAGGGAAAAACCACCAUCAUCAUCACUGACCAAAUCAAUUCAUCAGAGAAAGUUGAGAUCAUCAGAACUUUUAAAUCUCCACAUAAGUUCAAACUUUUUGUUUUGUUGUGCACACUCAUGUUUUGUGCUGUAUUGUUUGUGUUUUAUGAAGCUGUAUUUGUCUAGCACGAAUAAGUCUUAUUUAUGUAAUUAUACACUUUGACAUGAGGUCCUUCAACAUUAUUUAGUAUAACUGUAAAGUUUGCCAGGACUACAGCCAAGGUCCUGAAAAGUACAUUAGAGUAAAUGGUGAAAAGUAAGAGAGACAGCUAUGAACAUCAAGAAUCUGAACAAGAGGUCUGAUAACUCGUCAUCAGGGAAAGUUCUGUUUUUAGGGAACAUCUGAGGUAUGUUGGAGGAUGGGAAAAAAAAUAGUUUAAUGCUUAAUCAUCAAUAUCAAACUUUAUAGCAAGUGAAGAGAAAGACUUGAUGACAUGAGUGAGUAAAAAUUAUGGAGGGCUUACAGUUCAGUUUCAGUUGUGC